UCUCAAGCAGAAGAAAAUUUAAACUGAAUUGAGUUUAGUUCCAAGUUCCAAGUUCCAAGUUCCAACUUUGAUCCUCCAUAAUUGACUUACGAGCUACACAUCCCGGUUUCGUGGGCGUUUUCGGACAUCACUAUUCACUUGUUUUAUUGUAAAGUCAUCGCUGGCGCAAGAUGAUGCAAAAAGCUUUCGUGUUCUCUUCUUCAAACCCAAUCUCUCUUCAAUUGUCAACACCGGUUACUCCGCCUGUCAACGCCGUGUUCCCAGAACUAAGCCGCGGCUGGAUCGCUUCUUCCUCUCCCCUCCAGCCACCGGUACUUCGCUUGCGAAAUCACCAACGUGCCCUCCCUCCUCUGCUCUGCUCUGCGAGUGACUCUGCGACAAAUCAACAGCGAAUGGCGUCUCAAGAUGGGAAAGACCCUCGGAUUUCCAAAAUUUCUUCUGCGAUUCGUGUCAUCCCAGACUUUCCCAAACCUGGGAUUUUGUUUCAAGACAUAACAACUUUACUUCUUGAUGUCGAGGCAUUUCGUGAUACUAUUGAUUUGUUUGUUGAGAGAUACAGAGGGAAAGAUAUCUCUGUUGUUGCAGGUAUAGAAGCAAGGGGAUUCAUAUUUGGUCCACCUAUUGCAUUGGCUAUUGGGGCAAAGUUUGUUCCAAUGAGGAAACCCAAUAAGUUGCCUGGGGAGGUUAUAUCAGAGGAGUAUUCUUUGGAGUAUGGAACAGACAAAAUGGAGAUGCAUGUUGGUGCUGUGCAAGCAGGAGAUCGUGCGUUGAUCAUAGAUGAUCUCGUUGCCACUGGUGGAACCUUGUCUGCUGCAAUCAGGCUACUUGAGCGCGUUGGAGUGCAUGUUGUGGAGUGUGCUUGUGUUAUUGAAUUGCCAGAGCUAAAGGGUCGGGAACGGUUAGGAGAUACACCACUGUUUGUUCUUGUAAGCUCUGCGUGAUCUCACAAGUUUUGCAGUCAAAGAGCAUGCUUAUUGGCCUUUUGAGUUUGCAAUAUAGCUAGCCCAAAGCCUAACAAACUACUUGGUUCAAUAAAAGGGCUACGGUUGGUACUUAAGGUCAGAUUAGAUUGAACUAAGAACUAUGAUAAGUUUAGGUAUUGUUGACAUUCCUGUCUGUAUCUCUGAAGAGAAAGUCUGGAGGUGAGUGUUUACUACAAAGGUUGUAUUCCUGCUUGCACAGAUGGUUGGAUUGGCUUUUAUUGAGAGGUCUUGUUUGUUGAUGCAAGAGAUUCUCUUGUGAAGGCCAUUGUUUUUGUUGUCAAGCUGAAUUCACCCCUUGCUGACUAUUGAUUUUGACACUCGUAUAUUACCUUUUAAUCCUA